GUCAUGGGCGUGGUUUUUUCGUGAAUCACGUGACCAUAAAGACCAUUCCGUUGAAGUCCAUAGCAUUCGCCAUCUUUGAUAAGAGUUUCGUCGACGACAUCUGAGCAAAUAUUGUCUUUGGAGCGCUGAUAGGUGCACUCCUGGGACAUAGUGUCCAUUUAAAAGAGAUGCGCCAUUGCACACAGCUGCACUCCCCAGGUGUUUGGCUUGACGAGUACAGCUGGGAGGAAAGAAUGGACUUUCGCAAACGAAAGAUGCGAGAUUCGCACAGUAGUGAACGAGAAAACAAAUACAGAAGAAGUAACAGACACUGCAAGACUAAUGAUGGGCUCUUCCUGGAGAACCGCUGUUUAAACCACAGUCUUGAAUCGCGUGGGAGGCCAAUCAUGGUCCACAGUUUGGAGACGGCCUAUGCAGAGGACAGCCGUGAUUGUUCCCUCAAGGACAGAGAUCGCGACUGGCACCAUUAUAGCAAGUCGUCUGGACGCAGCGGGCUCAGCGGCCGCAGUCACAGAAGCAGGCGAGACAGAAGGCACAGGCGUAGCCACUCUCGCCACAGGUCCUCUUCGAGGAGGAGCCAUCGCCGCAGGAAAAGAUCCAGGAGUGUUGAGGAUGAUGACGAGGGUCACCUCAUCUAUCACAAUGGAGACAUGCUGAAAGCGAGAUAUGAGAUUGUGAGUACUCUCGGAGAGGGUGCCUUUGGGAAGGUCGUUGAAUGUGUUGAUCACCUAAAUAAUGGUGCUCGAAUGGCUCUGAAGAUCAUUAAAAACAUUGAACGCUACCGAGACGCAGCGAAGUCUGAGGUAGCUGUGCUUGAACAGCUCAAGUCUCUGGACUCGCAGGGCAGAUAUGCGUGUGUUCACAUGCUGGACUGGUUUGACUAUCAUGGUCAUAUCUGCAUCGCCUUCGAGCUGCUCGGUCUCAGCACUUAUGAUUUCCUCAAGGAGAACAACUUUCAGCCUUUCCCCAUUGAGCACAUUAGACAAAUGGCCUACCAGAUGAUCCACGCUGUAAAAUUUCUCCAUAAACAUAAGCUCACUCACACAGACCUGAAGCCAGAGAAUAUCCUGUUUAUUGAGUCAGAAUAUGAGCUUCGGUACAAUUCAUUAAAGAAACGAGAUGAAAGGACAUUGAAGAGACCAGACAUAAAAAUAGUAGAUUUUGGAAAUGCCACAUAUGAACAUGAGCAUCACACAUCUGUGGUGUCCACACGUCAUUACCGGGCCCCUGAAGUCAUUUUAGAUCUCGGCUGGGAUCACUCCUGUGAUGUGUGGAGUGUGGGCUGCAUCCUCAUUGAGUACUACCUCGGUUCAACUCUCUUCCAGACUCAUGACAGCAAGGAGCAUCUUGCAAUGAUGGAGAGAGUCCUGGGCCCUAUUCCUACAAACCUCCUUCAUAAAAGCAGGAAACACCGGUAUGUCCACCGGAACAAGCUGGACUGGGAUUUUGACAGCUCAUCUGGCAGAUAUGUCAGGAAACACUGCAAACCACUCAGGCGUUACAUGAUGUCUCAAUGUGAGGAUCACCAGCAGCUAUUUGACCUCGUAGAGAAGUUGUUGGAGUACGACCCAGCCAAGCGCAUUACCCUGGACAAGGCCCUCCAACACCACUUCUUCUCCUGCUACCAAAAGAGCAGCAGCAGCAGCAGCAGCAGUGCCAGUAAAAAACACUGAGCACCUUAUCACGUAACCUCAGAACCAUCGCCAUCCUCCAGCCUCAACGUCCUCACUCUCUGAGAGAGGUGGGCGUAUGCCGACUGUAUCAGUCCCCUGCUCCACUUUGCCAAGAACAUCUCAUCAUUUGUUCUCAGUGUAUAUAUUUAUUUGCCAUACUACAGUCUCUGGGUGCUCUGAUAGAGCUGCAGGUUUUUAUUUUGUUAAUCAUUGUUUAAAUUCUCUUUUUGCAUUGUACAGUUCCUAAAAUGUAUUAACCGUUAAAUUUAUAUGCAUUUGUAUCACCAGCUUUGUAUUGUAAAAAGUUAUUUGGGGGCAUAGAAUUUGUCAUAUAUUUUUGGGGGUUUUGACUGCUUUUGCUGUUUCUUGUAUGUUUUCUCAAUAAAUGUGACCAGUUGAAUCAUUCA